CGACUACUUCCGGAGCAGACGCCGUGGCCGGCACGGGCUGCGUGCCAGCCGGAGCGAGAACCGCGCGGCACAGGCCGCUGGAGCCUGCGAGCGGCCCGGGGCGGCCGAGCGGAACCAAGAGAACGCGGCCAGAGUUCCUGCCCGAGUACGAAUCCCAGCGCGCCGGGCCCUGGGCGCACGCGCAUGGCAGCCUGCGGGCCUCGUUCUGCGCAGGCGCGGGAGCGGCCCGCAGCGCCUCUGGAGCGACCGGCUGGUCUGUCCGGCGUCCGAAGCAGCGCCAGACCCGGGUCUCGCCGUCUUCGCAUCUCCCCGGGGACACGGGUAAGCGGCGCCCCCAGUCUGCGCUCGGGCCUGUGCCAGAGUCCUCCCGGCCCUCUCCCGGCUUAGUCCCGCCUGCUACUGCUGCCGCGAUGAGAACCUCCUGUUCUGACAGAGAGGCCCCGGGGCCAAAGAGGCAGAGUGGCCGUGGCCGUGGGGCAGACCAGCCUGGGAGCCAGAUGAGCAGAGAGAUCUGCGUGCACUCCUGGCCUUGCUCCUACUACUUAGAGCCGGAGAAGCGAUGGGUUCCUGGAAAGCUUUCAUUAACUUCGCACUCCCUGAGAUUUGCAACUGAUAAAACCGGGGAGGCGCUGGUCAGCUUCCCCCUGUCUAGUGUGAUUGAGAUCAAGAAGGAGGCUUCUCACUUUGUCUUCAGUUCUAUCACCGUCCUGGAGAAGGACCACCGCAAGCACUGGUUCAGCUCCUUGCAGCCCAAUCGGAAUGCGGUCUUCAGCAUCAUCGAGCAUUUCUGGAGAGAGCUGCUGCUGUCUCCGUCGGAAGCACCGCUCCCUGUGACCAAGGGGAAGCAGCUGGCUGGUCUGAUGGCCUGUUCCCAGAAGCGCCUGGAAGAGACAGCCCGAGUCCUCCACCAUCAGGGCGAGCAGCUGGACAGCAUCACCAGGGGCCUGGACAAGAUGGAAUCUGACCUGGAUGUCGCUGACAGGUUGCUGACGGAGCUGGAGUCCCCUUCUUGGUGGCCCUUUAGCUCCAAGCUUUGGAAGAUGCCAGCAGAAACAAAGCCCAAGGGGGGCACUUCAACGGCUAGUCCCAAAGCUCUUGGGAAAGAAGGGGUAGUGGUCCGAAUUCCUGCUGUUAUCUCCCAGGGGACAGCAUCUCAUGUUAAAGCAGGAAGUCUUACCAUUCUUGUGUCCGGGUUGGAAAUCCGUGAUUCGAGUUCUUUGCUCAUGCACAGAUUUGAAAGAGAAGAUAUAGAUGACAUUAAGGUUCACACACCUUAUGAAAUCAGCGUCCGCCAACGGUUCAUUGGGAAGCCAGACAUAGCUUAUCGCCUGAUAUCCGCCAAGAUGCCCGAGGCUGUCCCCAUUUUGGAGGUGCAGUUCAGCAAGAAGAUGGAGUUGUUAGAAGGCGGCUUGACACCCGGAAGUGCCAGCGUGUCUUCCCCAGCAGAGAAGGGCUGCUCUGUCUGGCAGGCGGCGUCUGGGCUGAUGGACCAUGCCACGCACUGCGAGCCCUGCCCGGGGAGCCAGGAGGGCCAGCCGCUUCCGCUGCAGAUGAGCGAGCCGCUGGUUUCCGAGGGGGACGCCCGGGAACUGAGACAGAUCCUGAGGAAGCUGAAGAGUCUCGCCCUGGACACCGAGAUGGAGCUGGAGAGGCAGGACGAGGCCCUGGACGGCAUCACUGCAGCUGUCGACCGGACCACCUUAACCAUCGACAAGCAUAACCGACGUGCCAAAAAACUGACCUAGGACAGAAGAGCAGAGAGUUUGGGUGGACUGGCUCUGCCUCCACAUUUUGGACUCUACAGAGAACAUAACUGAGAGUGGACACUGAGUUGCUCCUGGAAGCUGGACAAGGGGAAGCGGGUGAGCAGUCAGGCUCGUGAUCUCUCCUGUGAUCCUCCGGUAGCCCAGGCAUUGGUGUGAUGGCUGGAGCUAAGUUCUCUGCAUCAGGUGAGUAGAUUCUCUGGAGAGUGUGAGGAGGACCACACUGGGACUAUGGUCAGCAGUAGCUCGCUGUUUGGAAUGGGGCCUAUGGCAUCUCCUUCCUGUUUUACUUUCCUAAUGUGGACCUGGAACUCUGUAUAUGGGGCUGAGGUCACCCAUGUGCUUUAUUCCUGCACCAAAAUCUGUUUGCCCUUGAACUGAUGGGGUUGGGUUAUGUUGGUCUGUUGUCACCCUGCGAGGUGUUUGCACUCGCUAAAACACAAGGUGAUUUGAGCUCUUUUUUACUCGACAUACCUGUGGGCCAAAAGCAAGACUCUUGCAGCUGUGGAACAGGCAUUGUGCUGACGUGAAACUGCUGAUUCUCAGUCAGGACCUAACAGUCCUGAGCUAAUCAGUUUGUUCGGGGCAGGGGUGGGCGCACUUCUUCUAUAAAAGGCCCAGAAGCAACUACCUCAUCUUUUGAGCCGUAGGAUGUCCGUUGCAGCAUCUGGGGUAUGCUGUUUCCAAGACAGCAGCCUGGACUUGUGAGCAAAGGGGCUUGAAGUGUUCGGAUAAAGCCGCCUGCGACCUUCAAGUGUGUCAUGAAAUGUUAUUCUUGUUCUGAUGCUGUUCUUUGAACUAACUGAAGUUUAAACACGUCCUAGCAGGCAAGCUGUAGGACAGGCGGCAGGCCCACCACCCACCCAGGGAUGUGCGUUCCUUAGGAGGCUGCACUUGGCCUUCUGUCCUGGAGGGCGACACACUGCCCUCUUCAGCCCCAAACUUGAGUGUGGCCUGAGCCAACUGCAAAGCUGAGUCCAGGGUCGCAGCUGGGAGAUCCCCACCCCGUUCCCGGGCUGUGCUCGGCUGCCCCGAGCUUCAGAGGUUGCAGUGAUGUCACAUAGUCAGUCCUGUCCCUUUAAAAGGCAGACCUAGGAGGGGGUGGAGAGAGGGGAGGAAUGACUGGUGCUGGUUUCCACAAGUGACUUUCCCUACAGGCCCCAAAUCCGCACACGCAGGAAUUUUAGGAGAGGAAAAAACAAACAUCCUUGAGACAUUUGCAAACACCACACACACAAAAAGCCUCGACUAUAUGCAGUCAGGGUGGGGGCUCUUGGUUGGGUUUGGAGUUUGAUAAAAUGCCCUCUCGGAGGCAGUUCUGUUGGUGGGGACGUCAACCCUGGCACAAGACCAUCAGCCUCACCUGCGAGGAGCCCCCUCCAUCCUCACCUGCUGCCAGUUUAAUUAUUAGCUAUAGGCUUGAGUAAAACUUGAAAGACACGCAAAUUGUAGUCAGUUUUCACAUUUGCAACUGAUUUCCACAUCCACAUAAUAUUUCAGACUUUUGGCACCCAUCUGGAAACUUGGGACAGCAGCGAGCCUGUCGAGGAGGUAAUUUUCCCUGAUUCAUUUUGAAAGUGAAAAGCCACAGGGCUGGAGGCAGGGGUGGUCCUGCUUCCCAGAAGGGCUGCUCAGUCUCGUCCCUUGGUUUCCUCAGCACACGUAGGCAGACAGGAGCAGAGCGAAGAUAUCGAUUUGCAGAUCCCAGGAGCUCCUCCCAGCCCGGGAGAGCCACACAGGGGUCACACUCGGUAUCCGGGGUGGAGGGCCCUGGUGCUAGGUGAGGAGCCCCGGGCUGCAGGACCAGAGUGGAGACUGUGCCCUGUUGGCCUGGCCUGCACGUCCAGGGCUCCAGCAGGUGUGGAUGAGCAUGUCCUCAAAGCAUGGUUGGUGCCCCGUCAUGCACAACUGCUGUCCUGGGCAGUGGCUCCACACUGACCCUCUGGCAUCCUCCCCCACCAGCUUCCCCAGGGUCCUUCAGAUUCUGCUUGGAGCAGGCGGGAAGGUUAGGAAAAGGGCAUCUUUCCUAGAAGGAGCAAAGGGCUCGUGUCCGUCUGGUUGCAGGGUGCAGAAACCCAGCUGGAUGCGGAGGAGGGUCAGGGCCUCACAGGCUUCCCCAAAAGUGCUCAAACAGCCCACCACCACUGCCCUUGGGGCCGCCCCACCCACCCACAGUGGCCUGGCCAUGCAGCUGGCUCAGGAGGUUGGUGAGGCUCAGAACCCUUGUUCUGAGACACUGGGGCAGAUGGCCUGGGUGGGGGGACAGCCACAGGCGCUGGUCCCACACUUUAAGGCAAGGAGGUGAAAAUUAAGGGGAGCCUCCCUAAAGUGGACUCCAAUGCUAGCCAGGGAGGCCAGAAGGGGGAGCAUGAAGAGCUGUCAUUACAGACCCCAAGGGAAGCAUGCCCAACCAGAAAGAGUCAUCAGUUACAGGCCCCAGAAGGAAACGGUGUGCAUUACAUGUUCUAUCAGAAAUUGACUACCCCUUCAGUCCAGCUGAUGAGAAACCGUUAGAGUGUCCAGAAUUGCAAUUCUCUGUUAUCCCGGAAUAAACCAAUUCUUGCUGAUAAAAUAACUAUUUUAUUUGAAUUUCCCUGAUGGCUAGUGAUGUUGAACAUUUUUUCCUGUGUCUGGUGGCCAUUUGUAUGUCUUCUUUGGA